GGAUGACAGCCAACACUAUUGUUCAGGGAAAUUUGCCUGGUGUCCAGUGUCAGGAUUAGGCUGGCAAAUGUUCAACAACACUAUUCAUUGCAAUGGAGAAGAAUGACUGAGGGGGAGAGAGGAGAGACGACAACUCAAUGAACAACUUGACAAAGCCUUGAAACCUCAGAUAUCUACUGAUCACAGCAAAACCAUUCUGGAUAUUCAGCAUUAUCUGAGCCAAGGAUAUCAUAAUGUUUUGAGGUCCCCAGAUGAGAGAGAAGCCAGUGUACACACUUUGGCAGAUGACGAAUCAGUGCAGUCAACACAUACUGUCAAGAUUGUAAUGAACAUGGCAGAACAGGAAGUGCUCUUGUAGGAUUCGAUACAUCACUAACUUUGAGACCAACAAACCUUUUUACAUUUCAUCUAUUAGAAGAAGAAUACAUCAAAAUGUACAGAAUGGUGACUGAAUUCAAAGAUUCUAUUAUCAAUUUUUUUCUUGGAAAAGAAAUGAUCCCUGCUGCUCAGGCAUUUCAGGAGAUUGCAGUUGUGAGAUACUGCCCAGACGUGGAUAUUUUAGCCCAGGUUCGCCUCAUGGCCAGUAGCAGCCAGUGUAUCCUAAAUGAAGUCUUGACAGUCAUUAGUGCCUUGUUAAGUACUGAUGGGAUGGAAUAUCCUGAAUCUUCCUUUGGUUGGUUAACCCAUGAGAAAGCAACCAUCAACAUUGGAAGUGCUCUGCAUGAUAAGGCCAGCUUGAAAUCCCUUCAAGACUUUGGAAAAAGUGCAAAUUCCACCGUCUCAGUGGACUGUGCGAAAGGUCCAUCACAAACUGAACUUCGGAAUAAGCUUCAGCUGCUGCAACAACAAUGUGAUGAUGUGAUCCAAUGCAAUGACAAAAGGCAACACCAAAACAAACAACAAAUUGACAAGAGGAAAAUUCAUAUUUCCUGUUUACAAAGAGAGCUGGACGCAAUCCAUCAUGCAAAUGCAUCACAAUGCACAAGAAGAGAUAUGAAGUUUGAUAAAGCCCGGGAUCCUGAUGCCAUUCUCCUUUUCACAAGAGCAGAUAUGAAUCAUAAUACCAGAGUUUUAACAAAAGGUGUCAACAAUAACAUCAUUUCCAAAGAAAACUACAAGAAUGCAGUUCGAACUAUGGAACAAUAUAUUGACUUACAAAAGGUGAGAUUCUCCCAGCUGGUAAAGCAAUACUCUCAGCAUGUCACAUUAAAAGAGGCAGAAAAAUGUAUCAACCAUCAAGUUGUUACAACAAAGCCCAUCUCAGAAGUUUUCAAAAAAAUGAAAGAACUGUACAUAAAGCAAAUAGUAAGUCUUACUAGGAGCUACUAUGAAAAAUUACAAGACCUUACUCCACAUUACAAUAAAAACCCAGGGUCUGUUGAGAACUAUAUUAAAGGCUUAUGGAAAAUGCAGGUCGAUAACCCAGAGUCUGCAACAUUGUGCAAAACAAUACUCUUCACCACACCAAAACUUCUGGAAAUGGAAUUUAAAAAAAAUGGAAUUGCUCAGCGAAAUGUCAGUUGUAGGUUGCCACAGUUGGCACUCCGAGACGAUGGAAGGAAGGACUUAGCAUAUAACAAGCUCCAAAGCCAUUUCACAGAGAAGAACUCAUCAUCACUACAUCACUGCAAGGGAGCAUCAAAGAAAAUGAAGGUAGGCGAUUUUAUUGCACAGAUGUUCGAACAUAGUGCUACAAUGGCAGUAAAAACCUUUUACUGA